AUGACUUUAUUUGAAUUUUUAACUUGGUUUGAUUUCGAUCGAUCUACUUCAACGGAAUUAGCACAAAUUUUGGAAGAACCUCUUGUUGAAAAUCCUCUUUGGCGUUCUGAUUUCGCACAACCACCUUUACUUAAAACAUCUGCUUUACUUCCUCGAAUUGUUUUAUCAUGUAACACAAUAUUAAUUCAACAUAAAGAACCAGCUUGUAUUAGCUUCACUUGUCGUUAUGAUGAUUCAAUGCUGGCCAUUUAUUCGAUGCUUUCUAUUGGAGUACCCUAUUGA